UUGACAAUAGAGCAGUUUUGAUGCUAGAUUUACAUGGAAACUCUUCACAAAUGUUGCUAAAUAAUCAAGUCUGCUGAAAUCUCUUCUUGGUGAGCUGACAGAAACAUACAAGCAGACGCAGCACACCGAAUACAGGGCUGAAUGUAAAUGCAUGACUACAGGAGGAGCUCUGACAUCACUAAGAGCAGAAAGAGAAAGUGACACUAACUUGAUCAACAGCAAUAUGGACUCCAGAAACCAUCAAACUCUUUAAACAGAAUAUUGAGUCGUACAAAGACCCUUGUGAACACAUCUGAUAAUCACAGCAGGUCAUAGUCCAGAUUUCUCAUUGUCAUGGUCCAAUUUGGUCAAGUCUAAAAAAAGGAAAACUAUAAUUGUUCUUUAAGAGGAAAAGAACAAUGGCAGAAUCUUCAAAAACAGCAAGAAAAACCAGGAGACGGAGUAUUGAACAUGAACCUCCAUUCAUGUCAUCCUCCAUUAGUUCACUUUUUGAGGAGAUUCAGUGCUCUAUAUGUCUGGAUGUGUUCACUGAUCCAGUCACGACUCCAUGUGGACACAACUUCUGCAAGAUCUGUCUGAAAAGGUACUGGGACAAUAGCCAGACCUGCAGCUGUCCAAACUGUAAAGAAACAUUCAAGCAAAGACCUGAUCUCAAGAUUAAUACCACACUCCGAGAGCUCGUAGAUCACUGUAAGAAGAAAAGUCCUGAGAAAACAACUGAAGUUCUGUGUGACUUCUGUGAGGAAAGAAAGCUGAAAGCGCUGAAGUCAUGUCUGGUGUGUCAGAGCUCUUACUGUGAAACUCACCUGGAGCCUCAUUUGAAAGUGACAGGUUUAAAGAAACACAAACUGAUGGAUCCUGUGAGUAAUCUGGAGGACUAUAUAUGUCAGAAACAUGAGAGACCUCUGGAUCUGUUCUGUAGAGAUGAUCAGACAUGUGUGUGUUCAAUCUGCACUGUGACAGACCACAAGAACCACAACACUGUUGCUAUAGAAGAGGAGAGUCAAGAGAAGAAGACUGAACUGAUGAAGACACAGAAAGACGUGCAGCAGAUGAUCCUGAACAGAAACAAGAAGAUUGAAGAAAUCAAAAACUCAGCAGAAGUCAGAAAAGGAUGUUAUACUGAACUGCUGGAGAUGAUGGAGGAGCAGCAGAAAGCAGCAGAGAAACAGGAGCAAGAGCUGAUUGAAGAGCUGGAGCAGGAGAUCACAGAGCUAAAGAUGAGAAACACUGAGCUGGAGCAGCUCUCACACACUGAAGAUCACCUCCACCUCCUACAGAUUCACUCAUCCCUGUGCAGCUCUAGAAACACCAGGAACUGGCCUGAGAUCAGUAUGAAGACUCUGAGGAAAGAUCUGACUCAGCUGAAGGACACUAUAGAUGAGAAACUCACACUAACUGAGCUGAAGUGGAUGCAGCAGUAUGCAGUGGAUGUGACUCUGGAUCAAGAUACAGCUAAUUCAUAUCUCAUCUUGUCUGAUGAUGGAAAACAAGUGAGAUGUGGAGACAUUAGACAGAAACUCCCAGACAAACCAGAGAGAUUUGAUAACUAUCUAGAUGUCCUGGGAAAGGAGGGAUUCUCCUCAGGGAGAUUUUAUUUUGAGGUGCAGGUGAAGGGAAAGACUAAAUGGGAUUUAGGAGUGGCCAGAGAAUCCAUUUACAGGAGGGGAAAGAUCACAGCGAGACCCAGUGAUGGAUACUGGACUGUGACUCUAAGGAAUGGAGAUAAAUAUGAAGCCUGUGCUAGUCCUCGUGUCUCUCUGUCUCUGAGAGUGAAGCCGCAGCGGGUCGGUGUGUUUGUGGAUUAUGAAGAAGGUCUGGUCUCCUUUUAUGAUGUGGAGUCCAGCUCUCAUAUCUACUCUUUCACUACUCAGACUUUCAAUGAAAAACUCUAUCCAUAUUUUAGCCCAUGCAAUAAUGAUGGAGGUAAAAACUCAAGCCCACUGAUCAUCACACCUGUCAGUUAUAAUCAGUAAAUUGAAUCAAUUAUCAAAUGCAAGAUAAAAAAAAAAAAAAAAAUUAUAAUUAAAAAUCUGCAAACAUUAAGUGCCGCUAUUUUUUAUAAUUUGUUUUUCAGUUUUUAAACUUAUUACAUAUUUGUAUAUAAAUAUAUAAUGUUUGUUCAGUUAAUUAUUUUUUGUUAAACUUUUCAUAAAUAUUUUUUAUCUGAAAAAUUGAAAUUGCCAAAAAAAAAAAAGAAUUCUGCCAAACAGGCCCAACACAACUACAGUCACUACUAUUUCACAGUAUUACAGCAUUCCUGUCUCGUUUAUGGCAAAUAACAUCACAAAAAACACGGUGACCCUGGUGACAAAACUAAAAUACUUAUCUAUAAAAAUCUAUAGAAAGAAUGGAAUGCAAAAUGUAUAAUAUGAAUAAACCUAGAAUCUAGAAACAACAGAAUUCUCCAAUUUGAGUAUUCACAUAUCUGUGUGUGUGUGCGUGUGUGUGUGUCAUGUUAAUCAGACUUAUCACCUUAUAGGCAGUUUCAUAUUAUUAUUUAUAUUAUUUUUUUAGAUUCUAUUUUUGAACUCAAUGGGCCUACAUCUUAAAAGUAAACCAAAUCACUGCUGUCUCUUUAUGAAUGAAUGGAAUAUUCAUGUCAGACAAUGCAGAGUAAUAAAUAGCAGGAAACAUUCAGAUUAGGGGUGUCUUGGGAUAUUAAUAUAGUGCUCAUAGGGUACAUACGCUACAGCAGGAUUGGGCAACCUUGAUAGUGAUGAGGACCAGCAUGUUUUUUCCCUUUAUACCAAGGAGCCAGAUUACUAAACCACGUUCGCACAACUUUUACAUUGUCUUACUCAAUUUCCUUUUUACGGAAGAAAAUUAAAGACUAUAUUCAAUCUAAUUUGUUUUUAAAGAUUUUAACUAAAAAAACUUGUGCAGUUAAGCUAAUUGAGAAUGAAAACUUUGCUGUCAGUUGACGGUAAUGUCACUCCUCCAAAUAAACUUCUUGUCACACUUCUCUGCCCAGAAGGAACACUAUAAAUGAAAUAAGACUCCUUAUCGAAUCCAAUUAUUUGGGAUAAUUGAUAUUUUGGAGGAUUCUUUAUAGGAACUGGCACUGGAGCAAGCUCUGGGGCUGGAGCGGCACUGGAACAAGCUCCUCAUUUUGGCCCGGGUGGCUGGUGACAUUAGCUAGCAGUAGGAAUGGUCCCCCAGAGAUUGUCCUUUCUGCUCCAGCAGGAGGAGGAGGAAUCUGAGGCAAAGGAGGGGAUCCAUGGACACAACACAAUGGGGGGAAAAAAGGACUGUGGAAAACUGGAAAAUAAAUGGAGGGGACACAUGCAAUUUAAACUUUUUUAGGUUGGGUCUUCUGUCAUGCUUCGCUGUCCGGAAGGAACACGGAGCUGAGGAUAAGUGAAAUAAGACUCUUUAUUAAUCCAGCACAGGAUUUAUCCAACAUAGAACACUGAGAAAAACAUACGUAUGUAACUUGUAGACCUAACAAAACUGAACAGAAAGACUAAUGGUAUUUAAAGACAGGAUAAUGACGGACAGAUAGGUGCUUGGAAUAACUAAAUGAAUGUGGACAUGGAACACAUGGGAAAGAAACUAGACACACCUGGGAACUAAUCAAUUAACCAAAACAUGGGAGACAGAAACUGUGUCACAGGGGCAAAAACACACAAAGAGUCCAGGGGUGUGACACAUCUCAAUUGCAUUGUCUGUAAAUUUGCAAGAAAAAAAAUGUACAGAGGUCCUAUUUUUUAUUAGUAGUGUGAAGUUGUUUGCUUAAUAUUCAUUGUCUUUUGUUUCUGCAUGUUUGUGCCAAGGACUUUUAUUUUGGUCUUGCAUCCUCUGAGAAGGAGGAUAUUUGGAGGAUUCUUGUUCACAAAACUUUUCCAGACUAUAGAGAAUCAGCCAUCAAAGGUGAAAUUUUGCGAAGUUUUAUAGCUGUACUUGAACCUGCAUUGCAAACUAAGCUGUAUGUGUUUGGUGUUACUACACUUGAAGAUGUAAUUAAAGUGCUGGUUGGUGUGAGAGAGCACGUUCUGCAGCCACUGAGUCUUUUCCCCUGCCUGCUCCACCUCAACUUGCCGUUGUACUCCGCUUUAGAACAGAGACAACCAAUAUGCUUGCAGCGCAGCUCAACCUCCAUCUGAAAGUAGCUGCUGUCUCAUCUUAAACAUUGUGUACGCACACCGUCCGCGUGGUGUCAAAAAAUGCCCACACGUGGAUGAUGAAAAGGAUAUAAUGCAGACAGUGUGCGGACGGCCGAAAUAUACUUGAUCUUUAUCGGUGGCGCACGAGAUGCGAUGACGAAGUAUGUGGCAUUGCAUAAUAGGGUUAUGUUAGCCUAUCCAGUUGAAGCCACUAAAAAAAAAGAGAGAGAGAGAACAUCAAUGUGGAGAAGAUCUUGUUUACAUCAAAACUGAAACAAAGCUGUUCACACAGAACACAUAUUUCGCGCAUUUUCUAGAGGGACACCGUUGGACUCGUGUCUCGCACAAGAGAGCCGCAUGUUUAGAAAGAAUAAUGUAAAAUUAAUGUAUUAAUGUAUUUAAUUUAAUUUUCAAAAAGUAUCUAGAGACUUUAUGUUGGGUU